CCUCGCCCGCUGACAUCACCGCACAUCCCUUGCAACCACAAAAGGAAAACAGUGGCCAAGAUGAAAAUAAAGGCAAGCCUCAAAGUGAAAGGAAAAGUGACCACAGCCACCACCAGGGCUUUGCAGGUGGAAACGAUGCUCGGGCGCAAACAGAGACUCAGUUGCACAGCACAGACCUUGCAGCUGGCUCGGCAAGCAAAAGGGAACACCCAAGAGCCCUCUCCAACGCACCUGAGCCCGACGCCUCUGGCCCAGAGCUUUCACAGCCCCUUUCACCCACCACUGCCACUCUCCGCCGGCGCACCGCUGCCACCACAAUCCCCAACCACGGCCACCCCAACAAAACACUGCCCCGAGACCACCAGCACAGCCACCAGCACAGACUGGAAAGCACGGCAGGAAACUCCCAGCAAGCAGAAAGCGAUGAAGGGAAAGCUGCUGCCAUACAAAGCCGUGCACCCGCCAGCGCCCCAAGCACAGCCACCAGCAGCACCGGCAAGCCUCACCAGGCUCCUCCUGCCCAGCACCACCCGACAGCACCCACAGAACCAGCAUGGCUGCGCCCACCGCCACACAGCCGCGGCUGCCGCACGCCGCCCCGCCGCUCCUGCUCCUGCUCACCGCUCUGGCCACCAGCCUCGCCUGCCAACACCUCUGGACGCACGACGACACCUUCCCCGGCGACGCGCUCCGCCUCCUCCAGGACACGGCUCCCAGCCACACACAGCCCUGCCACCUCCAAGAGCCGCCCUUCUUCCCCGACACCCUCCUCCACGACAACCUCCACCCGCACCAAGCCGCCGCCACCGCCCUACGCAUCCUCCAGCACCUCUUCCACACCCUCAGCUCCAACAGCACCCGCCAGCACUGGCCCAGCCACGCUCGCAACCAACUCCUCAACAAACUGCAGCACCACAUCCACCACCUCGAGCAAUGCCUCCCCGACAACGCCCCGCUCUUCAAAGGACCGCGCAACCCGCUGCUCGCCAUCAACAAGUACUUCAGGGACAUCCACCUCUUCCUCCUCGCCCACAACCACAGCGCCUGCGCCUGGGACCACGUCCGCCUCGAAGCUCGUGCCUCUUUACGGCACCUCCACAACCUCACACGCACCAUGCGCCGCUAGCGCAAACACCCACGCUCCAACCCACGCCUACCGCCCAAACCCACCUCCAACCCCACGCCUCCUCUCACCUGGCACCGGAGACAGGGCUGCAACAACCGCUCCGCACCCGCGGCCUUCAACCGCCGCGUCUCCAUUUGGAUUCAGCCUCUCCCAUUGAUGUGGACAAAGGACCUUCCCCACUUCUGUGCAGACUUAUUUAUUUAUUUAUUUGUUUGCUUCUUCAUCUAUCUAUUUAUUGGCGUAUUUAUUUUUCUACUUAUUCACUUAUUUAUGACACUGAAAAUAAAGACCUAUGACAAAACACUUGCCACUGCCUCUCCUCUCUCUAGCACUGCAACCAGCCUUUGGGCCAGGCAAAAGCCAGCCUCACCCAACACCUACUCCAAGAGUCCCUCCAAACAGCCCCUGCCCACUCUUCUCAAUGGCGCCUGACCAAGCAAGAUCCUGCAGCAUAGCCUUUGCAAAAACACUGCCAGCCUUUGGCCACCACCACAGAAUCCCAAAAAGAAAAACACGCUAAGGCUGGAGAGCACCGCUGCACCUCAUCUGCUUUAUCCACAUCCUGCUCCAGCCAUCCAAUCCAGGCCUCUCUCACUCACAGACAAGGAUCUCCUGCGGGACACGGCCAAGCACUUUGCACGAGUCCCGGCACACAAGCUCGCUCACUCUGCCCCUAUCCACCACCGCUCUGUAGCCCUAACCAUAGAAAAGCACCACAACUGCCAGGAAUGGCCAUCUUCCUCUUUGCAAUGCCAUGCUCCCUGUUACCAAUCGCCUCUUUGUUUCCCAGAGGCCUUCUUAAGAGUUUUUCUGUCCCGGAGAAGCAGCCUCAUCGUCUUGCCUGGAACGAAGCUCAGAUUGACUGCCCUGUGGUUCCCACGCUCUUCUGCUUUUCCCGUUGUAAAAACAGCCCUUCCCUUUCCCUUCUUCCACUUAGCUGGGGGGGAUUUCAACUGGCAGACACCAAUGCUCUAAAAUGAUCCAUCCUGGCCUAGCAACUCCAUCUGGCCCUACUCUCAGGACUCACGGAUCAAUCUCAUCGGGUCCCACGCAAUUCCACAUAAUCACGUUCCCUAGACCUCAAAUCUCAA